AUGGCUGUGAUGCUGCGGCUUGCUGUGGACAAGGCGAUGAAAUUCUUCCAUGAUGCCCUUCUUCAACCCCAACGGUACGGUAUAACCGACGGCGACUAUCUUUUUCUUGCCAGAGCACGCGUUGCUUCAUCUGUCGUCUGUUGCUGCGAGCUCAAGGGAUUUGAUGGCACUGAGGGCAUAUUCGGUCCACAAAUACCGACAGUUGCAAUAGGAGGCACAGCAGUUCCCCUUAGGCAAGUUGAGAGACAACAUUUGAUUAUCAAUGUUCUCAAAGUCUCCGUCGCUUUUGAGGCAUCUAAGAAGUGGCACAAUGUGAUGUUUCUGGACGGAAACAGUACCGAGAGACCGGAGAAUCUAGUUCCUCAUAAUCCAUUAGCACAUAGCCUCCACUCCAAGGCACUAUUUGCCUUGGAGCCAUGCGGGAUCAAUGAGGAGAAUACCGAGCUGAGAGCUAGACUCUGGUGGCCGAAGCCGUCGAGGCCGGCGGGACCUACCGUUGGGUUCAAGAUUCCGUACAAUCUGGAGUUAGCAGGCAUAUGCCUCUACAAUCCAUUGAGCCACCAAACCAUCAAGUCUGGGAACCGCAUAGUAGUGACGACACCAGAUCCGCGGCUUGCCGCACUUAGCGGAGCCGCAGAGCCUGGGGAGUUGGAUGAUAACGACAAUGACGACGUUGAGGGUAUGGAUGACUUCGGUCUCCAGCUCAUGUCAGCACUGCAAUCUUCUAGUGUGGCACAUCGACUCGAAUCUUCCCCUCCGUCGUCGUUGAGCGAUGGAUCAGGGUCCACACGGCCUGUUCCUGAAACUGGUUUUUAUUUCCGUGGCCCGGAAGUUCAUCCUAUUUACAUUGAACGUAAUUCCUACGGUCAUGUGGCUUCCGAAAUAUUGAUCUACUGGCAUCAAGUUCCGAAAAUGGAUCUUAACAGACCUUGCAUGGAGGAUAAGCAUCAGCCCAUACCAGGUGUGCCUGUCCCAGCCACAGCGAUGCAGUCGGCUACGAUGCACCGUCCAGAAACACUCAGAAUUCUAACAGAGCAAUUGGACUCUGAUGAUUAG